GGUAAAUCCACAACCUCGUCUUUCCCAUUCUCCAUAUAAAGUCGCAUAGUCGCCGGAAACCCUAGGGUUCUCCAGGCGAUCGAUUCGGCAUUUGGGUUAUAAGCGCGGUGUGUUCGUCUUCUCUACCGGCGGCUGAAUGGCGAAGUCGAAGAAUCACACAGCUCACAACCAGUCCCACAAGGCUCACAGGAAUGGAAUCAAGAAGCCUAGGAGGCAGAGGCAGACAUCCACUAAAGGGAUGGAUCCCAAGUUCCUUAGGAAUCAGAGGUAUGCGAGGAAGCACAAUAAGAAGAGCGGAGAAUCAGGAUCUGAAGCAGAGGAGUAGAUGAAGUGAUAUGGAAGAGGCACCGGUCAUUAUUAUUUCUAUAUUACAAGACUAGAACUGUGAACCUUUUUUUUCUGCUGCUAUAAUGUUUCUAUGUGAAUUUUCUACUUAUUGUCAUUCAAUCAUCUUUUGGUUGGAGGAUUUUAGUUCACUUUCCUCACUAUUUGUAUUGGUGUCAGUUUUUUCUCUGGUAUGUCUUUUAUGAUUUUAAUUCUCAUCUUUAGUGAAA